AUGGACCAUAACGGCACAAAUAAGGAGCUGGACGAGUUGGCCGAUGACAGAAUGGCCCUGGUGUCUGGGAUCAGUCUGGACCCUGAAGCUGCCGUCGGGGUCACCAGGAAACUCCCGCCCAAAUGGAUCGAUGGCGUAGACGAGAUCCAGUACGAGAUCUCUCGUGUCGGACACAAGAUGAAGGAGCUGGCAGCGCUUCACGACAAACACAUGAACCGACCCACUCUGGAUGACAGCAGCGAAGAAGAACACGCCAUCGAGAUCACCACGCAGGAGAUCACGCAGAUGUUCCACCGGUGUCAGCGGGCCGUCACGGGUCUUCAGUCUCGUUGCGGUCACUGCACUGAGCAGGAGGAGAGGCUGCUCCGGAACGUGGUCUCGUCUCUGGCCCAGAGUCUCCAGGACCUGUCCACAAACUUCAGACACACUCAGUCCGGAUACUUAAAAAGAAUGAAGAACCGAGAGGAGCGAUCUAAGCACUUUUUUGACGCUGGCCCUUUAAUGGAGGAAGACGAGGAUUUAGCAAUUUAUGAAAGAGGCUUCACAGACGAUCAGCUGAUGUUGGUGGAGCAGAACUCGGUGUCGGUUCAGGAGCGAGAGAGAGAGAUCCGGAACAUUGUUCAGUCCAUCUCAGAUCUGAACGAGAUCUUCAGAGAUCUGGCCACGAUGGUGGUGGAGCAGGGAACAGUCCUGGACAGAAUCGACUUCAACGUGGAACAAGCGUGUGUCAAAACAGACGAAGGCUUAAAACAGUUACAGAAGGCCGAGCAGCACCAGAAGAAGAACAGGAAGAUGUUGGUUAUCUUGAUCCUGUUCGUCAUCGUGGUCGUGUUGAUACUGAUCCUGUUUUGGACUAAAUUCUAA